ACAUCGAUAAUAAAUGUUGAUGACGACAACAAUUAUAUGAUGACAAUAACAACACAACAACAACAACAUGAAUCUACAUGAUCGUCUUGUUUUUCCACGAACAAGUCUGGAUGUAAAUAGAGAUAAUUUUGAAAAAAGUUUCUUUACCAGCGUUCGAAAAGCUAUCAAUCCUACAGAAUGCCCGGUGAAAGAAAAACACAUUCGAAGAAUUGUUAUCGGAACAUUCAUAACGAAAUCUGGACAAAUUUUUUGGUCAUAUGCCCGCCGAUUACCAUUAGAUGCACAUCAAAUUGUUUGUUGGAAAUUUUGUCAUGUUUUACAUAAAGUAUUACGUGAUGGACAUCCAAAAGUUAUACCCGAUUCAUAUCGUUAUCGUCAAUGGUUAUUGGAAUUAUGUAAAAUGUGGGGCCUAUUAAAACAAGGUUAUGGUAAACUUAUACAUAGCUAUUGUUCAUUACUAGUCAAUAAAAUUGAUUUUCAUAUUCGUAAUCCACGUUUUCCUGGCAAUCUGAUAAUCACUGAUGGUGAUCUUGAUCGUAUCGGUGAAAAUGAUGUCAACAUUUUCUUUCAAUUAUGUUGCGAAAUUUAUGAUUAUAUGGAUGAAAUUCUUUGCCUACAAAAUAAUGUAUAUCUUUCACUUGAUACAAGCUAUUCUUCAUCGAUGACAAGUACUGGUCAAUGUCGUAUUGCACCGAUAAUUAUGUGUAUACAGGAUUCAAGUCAACUGUAUGAUUUUACAGUAAAAAUUUUAUUUAAACUUCAUAAAGCAUUGCCACAUUCAACAUUGGAAGGACAUAGAGAAAGAUUUCUUAAUCAAUUUAAAUUAUUGAAAACAUUUUAUUCCAAUUACAGUCGUUUACAAUAUUUUCAACAUCUAAUUACUAUUCCUAAAUUACCAGAGGAACCACCAAAUUUUUUUGUUCAAUCAAAUCUUAAUAGCCAUGUUACACCGAUAGUUGUUAUACCGGAACAACAACAAGAUGAUGGUGAAACAAAUGAAGAUAAUUUAUUGGAUCUAACAUUUGAUACUGAUUCGGAUAAAGUUAAUGAUGCAAUAGCGGGUUGGUCAUUUCAGGAUGAUGAAUCGAACAAAGUUAUUGUGGAAGAACGCAGUUUAAUUGAAGAAAAAGAUCGUAUCAUUGAAAGAUUUAGUAAUAGAAUCGGUGAAUUAGAAAUAGAAUUACAGCAGAAUAAAUUUGAAUUAGAAAAACGUAUCGAAGAUUAUAAACGACAAAUUGCUGAAUUAGAAUGUGCUGCAGCACAAAGAAUGGAACGUGAAGUUGAACAAUUGAAAAUGGAAAUGGAACGGCAAAAAUCUAGUGUUGUUGAAGAACAGGCAACAAAAUUUACCAAAAUGAAAGAAUUUUAUAAUAAAUUUCGUGCCGAACAUAUUGAAUUAUUGAAAGCGAAAGCUGAAAAUGAUAGACAAUUAGCCGUAACAUUAAGAUCAUUGGAACAAUUGAAAAAAGAAAAUGAGACCCUAUCAAAGCAAUUGGAUGAAAAUUGCCAUAAAGAUGUACAAAUGGAUUCAUUUGUUCAAUUAAAUAAUGAAUUAAAAGGACAAUUAUCAUUUGUACAACAACAAUAUGAAAAAAUUGCUAAAGAAUUUGAAACAUUGAAAAUAGAAAAAAAUGAUAUUGAUAAUCGUUAUGAAUUGACUAAACAAAAACUUGAACAUUCAAAUUAUGUUGAUGAGAUUAAUAAAAAAUUUAUCGCUACACUUUUAAAUGAAUCAACAAAAAUAUCUGAAAGAUUAAUUGAUGAAGAAAUGGAUCUUGGAUUGUUAUCGGUAAAUUGUAGUCCACAAUAUUUUUCAACACAAAUACAGAUAUUAAUCACAAGAUUUGGUGAUUAUGAACAUUCAAUUCAAUCAAAAUCUUAUUCAAUUAAUUUAUUUCAAAUGGCAUUCCAUUAUUAUUAUCAAUUAUUUUAUAUGAUAAAUUGUUCAAAAACAACUAUACGUAGUUUAUCUAAUAUUGAUCUUUCAAAUGAAUUAUCCGAAAAUUGUGUUCAUCUUGUUCAAUUGAAUAAUGAAUUUGUUCAAACAAUUUUAAAUAAUUUCCAUAACACUAAUGAUGGUAUUGAAAAAAUUCGACAAUGUUUACAAAAAAUUUAUGAAUUAACAUUGAAAGUAUUACCCGAAUUGGCUAUUAAUCAGAAAAAUUUAGAUCUAGAAUCAUUGCUCAAUAAAGAAAUGACCGAAAUGGAUCAAGCAAUUCAAUUGGCUGUUUCAAAAAUCGAACAAAUGUUAACGGAAUCAAAUGUUCAACAAACUGGUUUAAAAUUAGAAGUUAAUGGUAAAAUUCUGACUGCCUGUACAGCAUUGAUGCAAGCCAUUAGACAAUUGAUUCUUGAUUCAAAACGUUUACAAUUGGAAAUUGCAUCGAAACAGAAAGGAAAUUUUUCCAUCAAAGAAUUCUAUCAACGUAAUCAUCGUUGGACUGAAGGAUUAAUAUCGGCAGCUAAAACAGUUGCUGCUGAUGCAAAUCUUCUUGUUGAAACAGCCGAUAAAAUCAUUAGUGGUUCUGGUAAAUUUGAAGCAUUAAUGGCUGCAUCACAAGAAAUUGCUGCAUCAUGUGCACAAUUAGUUGUUGCAUCCAGAGUAAAAGCUGAAGCAUCAAGUCAAAAUUUAUCCAAUCUAUCGAAAUCAUCGAAAUCUGUACUUAAAGAAACUGGUAAUAUUAUUGCCAUUACUAAACAUUGUAGCAAAUUGAUUGAAGAAAAUGUUGAAACAGAUAUAUCGAAAUUAUCUUUACAUCAAGCUAAACGUUUAGAAAUGGAAUGUCAAGUAAAAGUAUUGGAAUUGGAAAAUGCAUUGGAAAAAGAACGUGUACGUUUAGCAUCGAUACGUCGACAACAUUAUCAUAUGGCUGAAUCAUUAUCAAAUUCGGAUUCAAAUUGAUCAAACAACAAAACAAAAUUUUUCAUUUUUAUAUUCAGAAAAUCUUAUUUCUUUCUUUGCAUU